AAGAGGAAUCAAGAUGAGCGGCAGAGGCAAGACCGGUGGCAAAGCGAGAGCGAAGGCUAAGACUCGUUCCUCUCGUGCCGGACUGCAGUUCCCGGUAGGCCGUGUCCACAGGCUGCUGCGUAAAGGCAACUACGCUCAGCGUGUCGGUGCUGGUGCCCCCGUGUACUUGGCGGCCGUGCUCGAGUACUUGACCGCUGAGAUCCUGGAAUUGGCUGGAAACGCAGCCCGCGACAACAAGAAGACCAGAAUCAUCCCUCGCCACUUGCAGCUGGCGGUCCGCAACGACGAGGAGCUCAACAAACUCCUGGGCGGAGUGACCAUCGCUCAGGGCGGCGUGUUGCCAAACAUCCAGGCUGUGCUUCUGCCCAAAAAGACUGAGAAGGCAGCAAAAUCCAAGUAAAAGUCAAAUCCUAGGCCACAACAACGGCUCUUUUAAGAGCCACUUACAAUUUUAGUAUUAAGAGCUGUGUUUCCUCAAUGUUGCUUUAAAUCUUUACAGAUAUUGUUGGUCUUUUACAAAGCUACUGGGUCGGCUAUGAAAUAAUUUUGCAAAAUGAUUUUGGAGAGGGUGCACGUAGAGCAGCUUGUAAAUUGGUUGAAUCCCAACCCCGUCUGUGUGGAGUUUGCGUGUUCUCCCGUGCCUGCGUGGGUUUUCUCCGGGCACUCUGGUUUUCUCCCUCAUCCCCAGAAUAUGCAACAUUAAGAUUGCCAUCGGAAAGGUCCAAUGUAACUGGUUGAAUUUCAAACAACUAGUUGAUAUAACAUUUGAAAAGUUACACUGAAGUACAAUUAUUGAAAAUGUGGUUUCAAUAAUUUCAAAUUAAAAUCCUAUGUGUGGCAUUUGAAAUUCCGGUGGCACAUGGUUACUUCCAUAGAUUCACUGAUAGCUGUUUUCAAACCAAGUACAAUGCGUGGAGAUUUAAAUCUUUGAUUGCAGGUAUACCAAUACUACCAUGCAAUUUUGAUACUUUUUUUUUAAAUAUAUUUUUUAAAUACAUUGUGAAAAACAAGUUAGCAUGUCAACUUCUUUGCAUGUGGAAUUUCACUUUAAAAUUAUGCAGCUGAACCUGCUGUUUUUUUUUUUUUUUUUUUUUUUUUUUUUCCUGGAAAAAAAGUGCACGGUAAACUUAUUUUCUGCCCUUAUACACAAUCCUGUUCCGUUUUCCUGUUUGCCUUGGAGAUAUGUGCUGCUGGGUUAUGUCUGCCUUAAUGUCCAAAGGAGCAGUGUGGUGCAUGCAUGUUGAUAAAGAAUUAAAAAUACCCCAAGAAAAGAACUGAA